AUGGCGACCUCUCUAACGGACCCCUCGCUCCUCACCCUCUUCCAAGCCGCACCCCCCACCACACGCCAAGCCUUCCUCGACUCCCUCGCGCUCCUCUUCCACCCCGCCGACUGGCACCAGCUCCACACCCUCCUCACCGCGCGCUCCUACCACCUCGACCUUCUGCCCCUCCUCCCGCUAGAAAUCACCAUCCAGAUCCUGCGCCUCCUCCCGCUGCACGAGACAGUCCUUGCCCGCCGCGUCUCCCGCAGAUGGAACACCCUCCUCCGCUCCCCGGACGUGUGCCGCUCCCUCACACGCCACUUCUUCCCCGCCGACACAGACACAGAAACGCGCCCGCAGGACCCUGCGCACAGGUUCGAGAACCUGGCCUCGCGCCGCCUGGCAUUCCUGCGCCAUCGCCCCGCGGCGAUCGAUGAGUUUGUUGCGGACCCGGCCGAGAGCGGGCUCGAGGAUCAGUUCAGCGUCGAUAUCGAUUUUGAGCGCUGCCGUAUGGCCGCCUGGACGCGCGGUGAGAACAGCAUCGUCGUGCGCGACCUGCUGUGUGCGUCGGCGCCCGCGGCGUUUCCAAAGACAUACAUGGACAACCACGGGCCCAUUGGCGAGGUGUCGCUCUCUCAAUCGAUUGUGGCCGCGGUGUCGACGACGAUGGGGGUAUGCCAGGUGUGGGAGCUGGCGACGGGGGACACGCACUCGUUCAAGCUGCCCAGCGCGGUUGUGGCGACGAUGCACAGCGACGGCAGUGUCACGGGGAUCCUGCUGCACCGGCGCAAUCUGGAGUAUCAGCUGGUUGUGCACAGCACGGCGACGAGGAAGACAAGGUGUAUCGAUAUUGCAUGCGCAGAGCAGUAUAACGGGAACCAGUUGAUUGUGCAUGAGGCUAGCAACAGGGUCGUCCAUGUGAGGUUUUUUGUGGACGGAAAGCUGGAUAUCGAGCUGACCUCGUGGAGCAUCGACACGGGCAAGUUUAUCGAGAAGUCGACGCAGCGGAUCCCUAGCGCUCGUGAAGUGCGGAAAUUCUGGCCUAUGGGGAAAGGGCGGUGGGUAAUAAACGCCAAUCUCGGAUUCAGUGCAGAUUAUAUGAACAUAAUGCAUCGCGAACUGGAUCUCACAAAGCCAGGUCUGAAUAUUGUCCCCAAGCCUUACGAGGUGUCCAUCAGUAAACUGUAUCGAGCAAACGAAGAAGAGCCUUAUUGGGUGGAAGAGCUUGGAACUUCUGGCAGCAUGACCUGGACCAUAACCCAUAACAGACUAGAUGACAGCUAUGGUGAAGACCUCCUAACAGGCCUAAUCUGGGAAGAAGGUAACCUGGAAGUGAGAGCCAUUGACUUCCCACCUGCGUACAACAAAAACUCGACGUUACCCCGCGGCCAGGUAGUCGCCCCUUACUAUUUUGACCCGUAUAAUCGAUUCAUGCUAUGGGGUUCCUGCCCGGGUGGUUUUGGAGCUUUGGACGGGGGGGAUAUGCGUGAUGGGCGUGGUAUUGAAUCUUGCGCUUUCAUCGUGGAGAGAUAUUAUGGUAUACAUGAACGGCCGGAAACUGUAUAG